AUUAACAUCCUCUGGACCGGCCCGAUCGUCGUCUCCAAGACUAUACCCACCCUGGGUAUACGCGACCUUGCCCGUCUGCUCAAACGAUCAAUUGUCCUGUGGGACAAUCUGCACGCCAAUGAUUACGAUCAACGUCGAGUCUACCUGGGACCCUACUGUGGCCGGCCGCUUGCGCUGAGAAGGCGGAAGCUCAUUCACGGUGUCCUGACGAACCCAAACUGCGAGUUUGAGGCCAACUUUGUGGCUCUCCAUACCCUAGCACAAUGGGCCAGGUGA